AAGGAAGCUUUAAACAGUAUCAAAUGGGGCAAAAGAUCACUGGACUUCUGAGCAAAUCUGUCUCGAGCUGCUCAUCUCCCAAACAGAUACCGAGAUUCCCAGAAUCCACUGAUACCUCCCGUGCACAGCAAGUUGAGGACAAGAUCAAUUAUGAGCAUUUGCAAAAAUUGGAGCGAUCGUUCCGGGAAGCUGAUUUAGACAAGGGUGGAGGGCUGGAUAUUAAGGAGUUUCGCAAGGCAAUGAAGAAGAUAAUGGACAAUAUUACUGAAGAAGAUAUUGAUAUCAUAUUUAUGAAAAUUGACACUGAUUGUGAUGGCUCCGUGGGCUGGGAAGAAUAUCUGAACUAUAUAUUGCGAGAGUACAGAGGAAAGGAUGACAUGCUGAAAAGCAAAUCUCCUCUGCUAUUUCAGACACCCAUGAAAAUCAUUCCAGUGUAAGCUCUUAGCCAUUACUGUCUGAAGAGGAGAGAUCCACAUUAAAGCUGCUUGUAUUAGUCUUCCAGUUUAGUGUGUUCUUGUGACGACAUCCUAGCUGUGAAAAAUUUCUUUUUUUAAAAUCAGGAUCCAAGGCCAGGAAAUCAUCAAGGUGCAGUUUUUCCCAAGCCAGGGCCGGGCAACAGACAGGAAUGAAAAGGCCAAGAAAAG